AUGGUUGGUCUGAUCACUGGCUCACAGUUGUAUUUAUUUUAUUCUGCAUGCUUACCAGUGGAUCGUAAAGGUGGGAAUGCUCAUAUGAUUGCACCCUCUUCAGUUAAUAGCCGAACCUUUAACGCUAGUCAUACCAGUAUGUUAGGUCAUGCAUGUAAACAUAAGAAGCCCUUAUCAGCUGCAAAAGCCUGCAUUACUGAAAUCCUCCCUUCCAAAUUCAAACCCAGACUAGCUGCUCCUGCUGCUCUUGUGCAGGACACAAAGGGUAUCCUGCUGCCUCAUGAGAAAGCGCAAAGCUGUGAGAACCUUCGUAGCUCCAGUGCCUUGUUUGAUAACAAAAAAGUUUUCCUGGUCAAUGGGGAAAGCGUAGAAAACCUUCUAAUGCGAUCGAAGCAGGAAUAUGUCACCAAAUCCAGCAGCACUAUGAGCCUACAGGAGUACAGCACCAGUUCUAGGAAGGGCUACCUUCCCAGGAAGAGUGGGAUGGAGUUUACAAUGCUAUAUAAAAAUAUGCAUCAGAUCAACAGGUCCAGGAUCCACCUGGGCACCAUCUCAUCCUGCAGCGUGAGGGAUAUUGCAUCCCAGUUUGAGAACGAGCUGAGGGACAGAAGUGAGCAGAGCCCCGGUCGGGAGAAUUCAGAGCAAAUCCCCAAAGACACUGUCUCAUCCCGCAUCACCGCCUUCGAGCAGCUGAUCCAGAGAUCCCGGUCCAUGCCCGCUCUCGACUUCUCCAGUGGGCAAAGCAAAUCGCCCACCUCUCCCCAGUCUAAGAGCUGCCUGAGCUCGGCCUAUUCAGCAGAAUCCCUCCUGGAGUCACCAAAGCCAAACCAAGAAGAAAAGGAUGCUGCCAGCAUGGCCGACAACUCCUCUCACUCCUGCAGCAACGUAGAGGACUUGGCGUCAGAUCUCAGUGACAUUUUCCCCAUGGACACGCUCUCGGCUUGCACGGACGAGACUGAUCUCCAGUCCAACGCAUCCAACGACAGCGGCGGCAGCCUCAGCCAUGCCAACGGGCCCCGGAAAUAUAAAUUAAACAAAUGCAAAGGAGCUUGCCCGGCUUCCUACACCAGGUUCACCACCAUUCGUAGGCACGAGCAACAGCAGGCCUCCAAGAACCCCAGUUCCAAAGGGGACGCCCAGGGGGACAGGCACGCGCUCCCCAGAAAUGUCUAUCUGAUGAGCCCACUUCCCUUCAGAUUGAAAAAGCCCUUCCAGCACAGCCCAAGAAAGACUCCGCCCCCGGAUUGCCUGGGAGUCCCGCUGGUAUAUAGCACUGAGAACCAGAACAACGCAGCUCAGCCACGAGGGUGCCAGGCGGAAAAAAGUCACCACUCCCUGCACAAACGGUGCUGUGAAGACAGACCUCUGGCCCCCAGGCGCCUGUCUUCCUUUGACAUUGUGGAAAGGCUUAGCCAUUUCCCCACAUUGUUUUUCAGAAGUGCAACUGUUAACGAGUUCUGA